UUAGUAAACGAAAAAACUAAGCAAAAUGAGGGCUACUUUGGUAUUGACUCUGCUGCUCAGCUGCCUCACAGGGAUUCUGUCGCAAAAAAAAUUGGAUGCCACGGUGUCCAAGGCAUUGGUGGAAGGUUGCAUGAAGGAGAACGGCGUCACUAAUCAGGACAUAGAGGACUUGCAAUCGGGAAAGGUGAAAGCAGAGGAUGCCAAGGACAACAUCAAGUGCUCAACCCAGUGCAUUCUGGUCAAGAGUGGCUUCAUGGACUCUACGGGAAAACUCCUAACCGACAAGGUCAAGGCUCACUAUGACAAUACGAAGUUCAGAGACGCGGUGGAAAAGGAUUUGGAGAGGUGCAGCAAGGUCAAGGGGGAAAACGCAUGCGACACGGCAUUCCAGAUAUUGGCCUGCUUCCAGGGCGUCAACUAAUGGCCUUAACGAUCCCACCAAUUCGUAUAGAAGUCGAGCAUAACAUUUCGAGUGAUAAAGGCAAGCAGUAUACACAUAUAUAGAAAAUCCUUCAUUUCAAAAUGUACCAAACAGCAUUUUAAGUUUAAUAUAAAAGUUGCAAGAACUCAA